CAGAAAACUGUCAAAACACACCCAACACAGAAGUUCUAUUCCAAGUUUAUAAUGUCGUGUUUGAUUGACAGAUUGCGUAUUGGAGCCUGUUGUGUGUGUGACGAGAGGGCAUCGGGGUUAAAGAGUUCAUCUCAGAUUACAGGGAGGAUCUUGCUGUUUUUAAAAGAAGGCUAAACAGUGGAGACACGGUAUCACAACCAGAUGAGCAACAUGUGUCCUUCAUACCAACAGCAGGAGGGCGAGAGAUAAAGAUGAAAGUUAUUUAACGGUCCGUUAUUCAAUUUGUUCAACUUAAAAAAAUGUCUCAGAGGUUCUUGUGCUGUCUUUUUUUCAGUUUUUGUUUCAUCAGAAACUGCACAGGUGGUACCCGAUUGGAUUUGAUCUGGAUUCAUUUCAAAUUUUUUUUUGUUUCAGUAUUGUAGUAAUGUAGUAUAUGACAAAAACUGCUAGAGACAGGUCUGUGAUGUAUAUGUUUCUGCACUUUCCUGUUGCCAUCAGUGACACAAAUUACUUGAGAUGGUUCAAAACUGGGUGGAAAUAUGAACAGAGUACAUCAGCUUUUUAAAUCUUUACCCAUGUCUCCAGGCGUACAUAUGUAGGGAGUAUGCCCGGCCGCAUUAUCAACGGUUUGAAGACGGUAGGCGUCAAUAAUCCCGUUUUCCUCCUGGAUGAGGUGGAUAAACUGGGGAAAAGCCUGCAAGGAGACCCUGCAGCUGCUCUGCUAGAGGUCCUGGACCCAGAACAGAACCACAGCUUCACCGACCAUUACCUCAACGUGGCCUUCGACCUCUCCCAAGUGCUCUUCAUUGCCACUGCAAACAACACAGCAACCAUUCCCCCAGCCCUGCUGGACAGGAUGGAGGUGCUGCAGGUACCAGGCUACACCCAGGAGGAGAAGGUGGAGAUCGCUCACCGUCACCUGAUCCCAAACCAGCUGGAGCAGCAUGGAUUAACCCCUCAGCAGCUGCAUAUACCUCAGGACACCACGCAGGAUGUCAUCAGCAGGUACACUCGGGAGGCGGGCGUACGAUCCCUGGAGAGGAAGAUCGGUGCGAUCUGCCGAGCCGUCGCCGUGAAGGUCGCUGAGAGUCACCGACUAACCAAAACCGAGACUUCAACUGAGAACCAGCAGCAGCAGCAGGAGGGAGACAAGGCGGCGCCCCCGGAGAUGCCCAUAGUGAUCGACCAUGUCGCCCUCAAAGACAUCCUGGGCCCUCCGCUGUUUGAAAUGGAGGUGUCCGAGCGGCUCACCCUGCCCGGCGUCGCUCUGGGGCUGGCCUGGACGCCGCUAGGCGGGGAGAUCAUGUUCGUGGAGGCCAGUCGGACGGAAGGGGAAGGUCAGCUCACUCUGACGGGUCAGCUGGGAGACGUUAUGAAAGAAUCUGCUCAUUUGGCCAUCAGCUGGCUGAGAGCGAACGCUAAAACCUACCAGCUCACCAACAUGGUCGGGGGUCCGGAUCCAUUAGAGGGAACAGACAUCCACCUCCACUUCCCUGCCGGAGCCGUCACCAAGGACGGCCCCUCUGCCGGCGUAACCAUAGUAACCUGCCUGGCUUCCUUGUUUAGUGGCCGACUGGUCAGGUCAGACGUCGCCAUGACAGGAGAGAUCACGCUGAGAGGACUGGUGCUGCCGGUCGGUGGGAUCAAGGACAAGGUUCUGGCAGCUCACCGGUCCGGAGUGAAGAGAGUCAUCCUCCCCAAACGCAACGAGAAGGACCUGGAGGAGCUUCCAGCCAAUGUCCGAGCCGACCUGGACUUCAUCACGGCCUCGAACCUGGACGAGGUCCUGAACGCCUCCUUCGACGGCGGGUUUCCAGGGACGAGCAGCUCACAUUCACACCCUCAGCUCAGCAGCAAACUGUAGCGAAAACACAAAGCAGUGGGAAUGUGAAGUUCAAACAGUGUUAACAGGUAGCGCUAACGAAGGAGAGAGGAUGUGGUCUUUAGGCUUGGACAUCUUUUACCUGUGCAGAGGCAGGGAUACUCAGUCUUCACCUUAAGGUCCUUUUUGCGAUUUACAUUCUCAAAAUUUAACAGCUGAUCUGAGCUAAAUGAAGCGAUUAUUUAGCAUCAAAUGACAACAUGUUAUAUGAAACAACAGCAGCCUUUUUAUUGAUGCUUAUUAACACUAUAGAGGUACUUACAGCUCAUGUUGAUCACACACUGCGGCCUUUUUUGUGCAGUGUUUUCUGCGCUUUUCUUACACGUGUAAAUUCUAUUCACAGCGCUGAAGCAUCCUCUUGUAAUGUGAAGGUGAGGUAAUUGAUUCUGCAGAGCAUCACUUAAGGAUUUAGCCUGGAAAACUGAAUAAUUAAAAUGGUUUGUGUACGUGAAGUUGGAUGAGAUUGAAUUCAGAUUUCAGCUAGUUAGCGGAUGUUUUGCUAAUUUCUAUAACGUGCAGAUUUUUGAAUCACUUAUCUGUGCAGCUUUCAGACAGCUAGAUAGUUUGACAACAUGUUUCUUACAGCGUCUAAGACCUUUGAUUCAAGAAGUUUAGAUCAAGUUUGUUUAACCAAGUCUGUUUAUUGAGGCAGAAUCUAACAAUGGUCAAAUUAAGAGCUCAAAAAUUGUCACAAUGCAGUAAAAGGUGAUCAGAUGCACGAGAGAUUUAACUGUAUGAUGUAAUUAAUUAAAUUAUGUAAAGCUUUGUAGUUCUCUUUGAACCUGCAAUUGGUAAAAUAAAACUUUUUUUAGUCUCA